AUGAACAAAUUAUAUAGCACUUUCUUUUUCUUGUCCUUUUUUCCAAUUAUCAUUUACUCCUUUCCGUCACCUUCAUUGGUAAAGAGAGUUUUUGCAUCAUGUGAUGACACUUUUCCAAUUACCUUUACCGCAUACACUAUUACCCCCGAUCCAGUUGUUCUAGGUGAAACUAUUACCGCAAACAUCGAAGGCACAAAUAAAGACCCCAUAGAAGCAGGCACUAUACUUCAAUUAGUUACUAGUUUUCAGGGAACAGUGAAAGAUACCACCAAUGUUGAUUUUUGUACAGAAUUCAAAUUAACAUGUCCAUACGCAGCUGGAACCUUCUCAUAUUCAAACACCACUACCUUUCCAGCCAUUCCUGAUGCACCUAAAGGCCAAUCCGUUACACUUGAUCAAGUCAUUAAUGUUCUUGCUGCUGAUGGAGUAACUAAACUAGGGUGUGAAAAAGGAACCAUUACUGUUACUACAUAA